AUGGCCGACACAGGUGCCAAACCAGCCCCGAAUGCCCCGAAUGCCCAGAAUGGCACAGAAAGACAUGAAGAGUAUCAAUAUUUGGACCUCGUGCGCGAAAUACUCGACAAUGGCGAGCACAGGCCAGACAGGACCGGCACGGGCACAUACUCCAUAUUCGCACCACGCCCGCUCAAGUUCUCCCUCAACAGAGACGGCACGCCGAUCCUCCCGCUGCUGACGACGAAGCGUGUCUUCUCGCGGGCCGUCAUCCUUGAGCUGCUAUGGUUCGUGUCGGGCGCGACGUCGUCCAAACCCCUGACCGACGCCGGGGUCAAGAUCUGGGACGGCAACGGCAGCCGCGAAUUCCUGGACGGGCUGGGCCUGCAGCACCGCGAGGUGGGCGACCUGGGCCCCGUAUACGGGUUCCAGUGGCGGCACUUUGGCGCCGAGUACACCGACUGCCACGCCGACUACACGGGCCAGGGCGUCGACCAGCUGGCCGAGGUCGUGCACAAGCUCCGCACGAACCCGUACGACCGCCGCAUGGUGCUCAGCGCCUGGAACCCCAAGGACCUCAAGCUCAUGGUCCUGCCGCCGUGCCACAUGUUUGCGCAGUUUUACGUCUCGUACCCCAAGACCACCGACAGUAACGGCAACGGCAACCCCGCCGCAGCAGAAGACGCGGACCAGACGUCAUCAUCCACAUCCAAGCAGCCCAAGGGUCACCUCCACUGCCAGCUCUACCAGCGGUCGUGCGACAUGGGCCUGGGCGUGCCCUUCAACAUCGCCAGCUACGCGCUGCUGACGCACAUGAUUGCGCGCGCCACGGGUCUAGUGCCGGGGUCGCUGACGCACGUCAUGGGUGACGCCCACGUUUACGCCGACCACGUCGACGCGCUCCGGACGCAGCUGGAGCGCGAGCCUAGGCCGUUCCCCGAACUCGAGAUCAACAGGCCCGAGGUGCCCGAGGGCGGCGACGGCGUCAUUGACGGCUGGAAGCUGGAGGAUUUCGUCAUCAAGGGUUAUGACCCGCACAAGGCCAUUGCUAUGAAGAUGUCUGUCUGA